UAUAUAAGAGAGGAGAAGACCCCGUCGGCUCGUUUAAGAAGAAAACAACCUUUCACCGCUCUCUUCUCCCCAAAGAGUAGCCAGAAGGACAGCUAGACCCAAACCAAUGGGUGCUCAGGAGUAGACGAAGAUCGUUUGUGUAACGGUCACGUGGUGUGGAGCAAGCUUCCUUGUUGACAGGCGUUUGACUGACUGGCGUCUUCGGCGAGCUGAGGCGUAGAGGAGGAUGGUUUGCAGCCAUGGCGUUUUUGAAGACUAAAGAGAGAAAGAAAGAGAGAUUCUCUCUCUUGCUACUAGAUUUGGAGGAAUAUUAUUUUGAAGAGCACACAGCGUACCACGUGACCAGCAGCUCAGCCAAGACCAGAAAAGUCCGAGGUUCAUUCAAGGUGUGUUCCAGAUCAGUCAUUUUUGACCCGGAUGAUCUCACAGAACCAAUUUUAAAGAUUCCACUGCGAGACUGCCAGAAGAUCCAGUUUGAGGAAAAGGAGAGCAACCCAUUCCAUGAACCAAAGCCAUCCUCUAUUUCAGUUCACUGUGAGCAGGUUAUUUACAUCAAAGAAAACUGCAUCAUUUCACCUUACAGAAACCAAAGAGGGACAAAGAGGGUGAACUUUCAGCUGGAAGUGUGGCGGAAAACUGAAGAUGUUGUUCAAACUUUACAUCAGCUGCACAGAGCAUCGUGUCUGGAAAAGCUUGGAGACCAGACGGCCAUGAUUACUGCCAAUCUCCAGUCUCGGCUGGCGAGGUCAUCUUUUGACAAGCUGUGCUUGCAGAGCGUUGCUGAGAAGCCUCACAUGGAGUGUGCGGUGGCCAUGGUCCUGCCUCUGGUGUGCAAUCCCGGCCACGUCUGCAUUACGGACGACAAUCUCUACUUCCAGCCCCUGAGUGGAUAUCCGGAACAAGUCCUUCAGAUCAAACUGCAUAAAGUCAGGCGGAUCUACAAGAGAAGGCAUGGACUCCGCCCCCUGGUCAGUUCAGUCGCCACAUUCUCACAUACAAAUGGUAUAUUUAUGUGCAUGAGGGUGCACGUGUCUCUCCCGUGUCUCUCCCCCAUACAGGGUCUUGAGGUAUUCUGCUCGGAGAACGACUUCUGCUCGGACAUCUAUCUGAAGUUUUACAAUACGGCAGACAGAGAUGAAAUGUACUACUACAUCGCCACUUUCCUGGACAACCACCUGACGGAGCACACGGCAGAGAGUUACAUGCUGCAGUGGCAGCGUGGCCACCUGAGUAACUUCCAGUAUCUCCUCCACCUCAACAACCUGGCCGACCGCAGCUGCAACGACCUCUCGCAGUACCCCGUCUUCCCCUGGGUCAUCGCCGACUACACAAGCUCACAACUCGAUCUGACAAACCCUGACACAUUCAGGGACCUGAGCAAACCUGUUGGAGCGUUAAACCGGGAGCGCUUGGACCAGCUUCUGUGUCGCUUCAGAGGCAUGCCGGAGCCUCGCUUCUUGUACGGCAGCCACUACUCGUCUCCCGGCUACGUCCUUUUUUACCUGGUCAGAGUUGCUCCAGAACACAUGUUGUGUCUGCAGAACGGCCGCUUUGACCACGCAGACCGCAUGUUCAACAGUAUCGGAGAUACGUGGAAAAACUGCUUAGAGGGGGCAACGGACUUUAAAGAGCUGAUACCAGAAUUUUACGGGGAUGACCCCAGCUUCUUGGGAAACCAGCUCAAUCUGGAUCUGGGCCGACGGCAGAACGGAAGCUACGUCGGCGAUGUCUCCCUCCCGCCCUGGGCCUCAGAUGCUAAAGAUUUUCUUCAGAAGCACAAGAUGGCGCUAGAGAGUCCGUACGUGUCGGAGCACCUCCACGAGUGGAUUGACCUGGUGUUUGGCUUCAAGCAGAGAGGCAGUGAAGCGGUCGUGGCUAAUAACGUCUUUCACCCGCUGACCUAUGAAGGUGGUGUCGACUGUGACAGUAUCGAGGACCCGGACCAAAGGGUGGCCAUGCUGACACAGAUACUGGAGUUUGGUCAGACCCCCAAGCAGCUCUUCACCACUCCUCAUCCUCAGAGGAUCACGCCAAGGGUGCAGCAGAACCUCACCAGGAGCCCCAGCCUCACCUCGCCUAUCAGUGAACUCACCCCAGGCUCACUGAACGAGGACUCGUCCUUCGAAGAUUUGACAGAGGAGACCAGGAAGUUGGUGUGGUCCAACGUGGGCCGUCUCACGCCGAGCUGUCGCCACAAGAUCCAUAAGGAGGCAGUGACGGCCAUCGCUGUGACUCGAGAUGGAGCUUCUAUUUUCACCACAUCCCAAGACUCAACGCUGAAGAUGUUCUCCAAAGAACUGAAGGACUUUCAGAGGAGUGUAUCUUUCUCUAACAUGGCCUUGUCAUCGUGCUUGAUGCUGGCAGACGGUGAAAUUGUGGCGUGUUCGUCGUGGGACAAUAACGUUUAUUUCUACUCCAUCCCGUACGGGAGGCGUCAGGACACGCUGAUGGGUCACGACGACGCUGUCAGCGAAGUGUGCUGGUCCAACAACAAGCUCUACACGGCGUCCUGGGAUUCCACCGUCAAGGUGUGGCAGUGCGAUCCCCGUGCUUUGUGCGCUCACAAGAGAUCUCACUUUGAGCUGCUGGCGGAACUGGAACAUGAUUCUGGGGUGAACGCUGCCGGACUGAGUCCUUCGGGGUGUUUGCUGGUGUCGGGAUGCAAGGACGGGGCCGUCACCAUCUGGGACACGAGCACCUACGGAACGCUGCAGCAGGUGGACUGCCACACGGGCACCGUGCACCGCUUGGCCUUCAGUCCCGAUGGUCUCCAUGUCCUCAGCAUCGGCACCGACUCCUGCAUGAAAGUUACUGACGUGCAGACGGGAAUGGUCAUCUCAUCUGUCAAAGUCGAGGAGGAGCUGAGGUGUUUCUGCUGGGAUGGCAACUCUGUGUUGUGUGGGGGGCAGUCAGGUGACCUCCUGCUGUGGGACUUAAUGAGUAACGCCAUCACCUCCAGGAUGUCGGCACAUUCAGGUGCAGUCACGGCCAUCUGGAUGAAUGAGCUGUGUGGCACGGUGGUCACGGGUGGAGAGGACAGACAGAUCAUCUACUGGAAGAUGCACAAUUAAACACGAGAAAAUAAAGCAGCAGUGAAAUAUC